CCACCUCCCCGGCUGUGACCAUUAUGGUCAUUCAAUCUGCUCGGAGAUCUGCCGGGUGCUUCUUCUCCAAUUCAGAUAGUGGAAAUCGCGGACGGAUGUCCUCUUCGGUCAAGGGGUUCAAGAUGGAAUUCCCGCUUCGCUUAAUGUUCUCAAAAACGGGAUAUGCUCCAUCUCCUCGUCACGACAUCAUUUAUCAUCUGACUCGCAAACCAAGAUGGAUUAACCGCGGUCCCUGUUCCUACCAUGCCAGUGUCUGGGUUGGGCAGUUCAAUUGCCUUACUUGUUCGACUGCAGGAACUUGCAUCUCACUUAUGUUCCAUGUCCGGCUUCUAUUGUAUCCCGGGGUUUCCUGAGCCCCUCCCAAGGCUACAGGAAUGUUUGCUCACCGUUUAUAUUGCUUACUAUCCCUCGGCCUUAUGAUUAUAUCUAGUGAGUACGCAAGUACUGGUGCUUCAGAUAUGAACAACUGCUCAUAAUGUCGCCUUCUCUAUCCCCUCUCUUGAUUUCUGACACUGAACUUUUCAACCCACUUGGCUCGAUCCUUCAACGCCACUUUCCACCUUCGGUGCAGAUCAGGGGAGUUUACCCCCUACCGGGUCAUCUGCACUCAAUUAAUCGCCUCGUACUAUCGAAUGGGGUCCAACUGCUCUUGAAAUGCUCCCCGGGGUCGACAACCCCCCUCUUAAGGCGAGAACAGCUCUUGCUUGAGACCGAAGCUCGGGCUCUUUCCAUCCUGGAGCGAAACGGGAUUCCGUACAUCCCAUCAUUCGUGCAUUAUGGUCUCCAAGGAGGUUUGCUCGGAUCUGCCUUCUUAGUAAGACACUAUGUUACCGGAGCUACAUUGCAGGAGAUGGAGGCCCAGCUUACUAUGCAAGACCGGGACAAUGUCAACAGGGCACUUGGCUCAUUGGCUCAGCGGAUUGGACAGAACAUUUCCAGCACUUUCGGGUCUCUCGACCAGGUAGCCUGUGGAUCUGGGAAAGAGUCGUGGCGAGAGGCGUUUGUGACGCUCUUGGAAGGUAUUCUUCGGGACUCCGAAGACGCCUUUGUCCAUCUCCCAUAUGCCGAGAUCAGACACCAAGUCCGCCGGCUGUCACCUGCACUCGAGGAGAUUACGUCACCGCAGCUAGUGAUUGUUGGGUUAGGCCGACCAUCGCAAGUCCUGUUGAAUCCGGGGUCCAAGAAGCUAGCGGGGCUCAUUGGACUUGAGAACGCACUCUGGGGUGACGUACAUAUGGCGGAGAUAUUUGAGGAGCCAUCUUUGGCUGUGCUGGAAGGCUAUGGCACCCAACUAGCAAAAAGCGAGGCCCAGGUGGCCCGGCAGUUGCUAUAUGCCUGCUAUCGUGCUGUUCAUCGAGUUACGAUACACUACUACCGAGAUCAGGGAAUGACAGCCGAGAUUGAUGCCAGGAGAAGAUUAACGUCGGUUUUAGGAGAGAUGGUCACCAUACACGAGGAUCGAACGCUGGGUUGAGAGGCGGACCCUCCAAAAGAAGCGGACAUCUAUACUUGAUGGAUGAUUAGAUGCCCCCAGAUGCAGGUCUCGGACUCGAAAAGAUUGCCAUCCCCAACAGUGCAAAACAGCAGUAGAUAUAUAGUCGAGUAGAAGG